AUCUCCCACCACCAAAAUCAGCCGGCUUCCUUUUUCCUCCUCUCCCUCCUUUUGGUGCUCCGUGUUCGUGUUGUUUUACUGACAGUUCCCCACGCCGCCUGCUCACGGCAAAUUCGCAGGCCACGAUUUGCGCUCAUUUUGUUUUCUUCUCUUGUUCCUUUCUUUCUCUUCCGGAGCCGUCCUGCCAUCUCGCUUCUCCAUUUCGCUACCCUCCUUUCGACGACGCCGUUCAGCAGGCUCUGAAUCCCAUUCCAUCUAGUUGCAACGCGACGACCGUUUAAUACCAACGCCCGAUAAUAUUGUGAGAUACGGGGAAGGUGAUAAAGAGGAGGAAUCUCCAAGCCACCGGCAUCGAUACCGACGUCAGGCUUGUACGAAAUUUCACUGGGUUAUUGAAACGGGGGCGACUUGUCGACGGACACGCGGUCCGGGUUGUGACCUUUAUUGAACAUCGACCCGAACCGAAAACCGACCGAGCAUCCGCAGACAGCCACCAUGUCAGGAUAUCGGGAUAGCUAUGGCUCCGCGAAGGAGCAGUCGGAGCGAGCAAGAUGGACGCCACUCACGAGGAUGUUGUUGUCGGGCGAGAUGACACAGGAGAGGCAAAAGGAGCUUACGCCUAGGGAAAAGUUCGACCGGUGGAUGGUCAACGAAGGAUACCGUCGAUUUUUCGUCUUUGUCUUUAUGGUCUUGCAUGCCUUGAUUUUCUCCUUUGGCUUCGUCAACUACGCUGUCAAGGACAGUCUACAGAAGACCAGAGACAUGCUGGGUCCCACCUUCGCCAUUGCCAGAUCCGCUGCUCUGGUGCUGCACUUCGACGUUGCCAUGGUUCUCUUCCCGGUCUGCCGCACAUUCAUCUCGCUCGCCCGUCAGACGCCGCUCAACGGAAUCAUCCAGUUCGACAAGAAUAUCACCUUCCACAUAACCACCGCUUGGUCUAUCGUCUUCUUCAGCUGGGUCCACACGAUUGCCCACUGGAACAACUUCGCCCAGGUCGCGGCCCAGUACAAUCUCGGCAUCUACGGAUGGCUCCUCGCCAACUUUGUCUCGGGCCCCGGUUGGACGGGCUAUGUCAUGCUGAUCGCGCUGAUGGGCAUGGUCUUCACCUCGGUCGAGAAGCCCCGCCGUGCCAACUAUGAACGCUUCUGGUACACGCACCACAUGUUCAUCGUCUUCUUCUUCUUCUGGUCUAUCCACGGUGCCUUCUGCAUGAUCCAGCCCGACUUCGCGCCGUUCUGCAUGUCCUUUGGUACCUCGGCCAUCGGCGUCUUUUGGCAGUUCUGGAUGUACGGUGGCUUUAUCUACCUGGCCGAGCGUGUUGCCCGCGAGAUUCGCGGCAAGCACAACACCUACAUCUCCAAGGUCAUCCAGCACCCCAGCAACGUGUGCGAGAUCCAGAUCAAGAAGGAGCACACCAAGACCCGCGCUGGCCAGUACAUCUUCUUCUGCUGCCCCGAGGUCUCGGUCUGGCAGUACCACCCGUUCACGCUCACCAGCGCCCCCGAGGAGGACUAUAUCUCGAUUCACAUGCGUGUUGUCGGCGACUUCACCCGUGCCGUCUCCAAGGCUCUGGGCUGUGACUGGGACAAGAAGAGCGGCUCGUCCACCGUCGUCGGUGUCAACGGCGAGAACCCGGAUGUCGACCCCGCUCUGAAGCGCGUGCUCCCCCGUGUCUACGUCGACGGCCCUUUCGGCUCCGCUUCCGAGGAUGUGUUCAAGUACGAGAUCGCCGUGCUCUGCGGUGCUGGUAUUGGUGUCACGCCUUUCGCCUCCAUCCUCAAGUCCAUCUGGUACCGCAUGAACUACCCCCAGAAGAAGACCCGCCUGAGCAAGGUUUACUUCUUCUGGAUUUGCCGUGACUUCGGCUCGUUCGAGUGGUUCCGUUCUCUGCUGCUGGCCAUCGAGGCUCAGGACGUCGACAACCGCAUCGAGAUCCACGCCUAUCUGACCGCCAAGAUCAAGGCCGACGAUGCGACCAACAUCAUGAUCAACGACGCCAACGCCGACAAGGACGCCAUCACGGGCCUGCGUGCGCCGACCAACUUCGGCAGGCCCAACUGGGACAUGAUCUUCAGGGGUAUCAGGAAAUUGCACACGCCCUCCGAGGCUGGUGUUUUCUUCUGUGGUCCCAAGGGUCUGGGUAGCACACUGCACAUCUUUUGCAACAAGUACACUGAGCCUGACUUCGCGUUUGUCUGGGGCAAGGAGAACUUCUAGUCUCGCCUCGAUCUGUCCUGUCAAAAAUUUGGCUCGCAUCAGGGAGCAAACAGAGCGCCCGAUAAAUACCCCGAGCUCAUACCAUCGCAGAUUGCGAGGCAUGUGUUCCUUUCUUCCGCUCCCUCGACUUUUGCGGCUCACCCAGCGGACGUGUUGGAAAGAAGAGACGGGUCAGAUGGGACAAGCAAUCAGUCUCAUAGAGGCGUAUACAUCCCACCUUUGUCUUUCACUACAUGUGGCGCGCUGGACGCAGACGGGCCAACACAAUCACAUGUCAUUUUUUCUUCACCCUUCCUCACUUAGACCCUAUGUAAAUGUGCCUAUCUUCUUCUCACCACAUCUAGUUUGGGAUUUUGUAAGUUUUUAUUUUUCCAGUUCACGUUUUUCUGCAUUUUUAUCCUUUAAGCGCAUAGCCUUGUCGGAGGACCAAGAUAUGAUGGACUAUUUGGAACAAUACCUCGACGAGCCGACGAUCUCCAGAGCACAUAAAUGGACACGAGACGAUGGGUCGCGAACAUCUACCCCUGACGGAGCCUUUGACGAGGACGUGGGGCUGAAGGAAGAAGCCAAGGGAUGGGCUGUGGAUUCUCGACUGGCCUCAGGGCUACCAGGAACGUUGGGCUCGGUAGGUGGGCGGGCUUCGAUGUUGGCGUACCGCCUCCUUGACAUACUCUUCCUACCUCGCUUUGGUUCAUACUCACCGGUGGCCCGUCUCUACUUGACCACCAAAUGCUUCUCUCUUGCGAUAUUUAUACAUUGCAUUUAGCGACCACCCAUAUAGAGCAACUUAGUAUUAGAUUACCACCGGGGGAAUGAUUCCUUGUUACCGCGA